GGCUGCAUUAGUUUCCUUCUAGCACAAGAAGUAAGUAGACAUUUCCAGAAUUCUCUCCAAAGUGACGCAACUAAAACUUUUUGGUAUAAAAGAACGCAAAAACAGUUCGAAGGAUUAGUAUCCAAAGAGGAGAAGGUGAAGUUAGAAGCCAAUUCUGAACCCAAAUAUCAAGUUAAACAAGUAAAUCAAAAAUGGCGAAUACGUUACCAUUUAAGUGUUAUCUUUUGACCAACAACGAACAAGAUAAGGAAAUUCGUCGUUUCACUCUUGAAUCAGACGUGGUGGGUAAUUUCACGUAUCUUAGGGAGAAAGUUCGCUCCGUUUACCCACAGCUACUACGUGAAAAUUUCAGCAUUUCAUAUAUUGAUGAAGAAGGAGAUAAAGUGACAGUUUCUAGCGAUGAUGAGCUGGUGGCAGCUCUUAUGUUUGCCAAGCGUGAAGGUGAUGAGCCAUUCCGUCUCAUUGUUCAACUUACUGGUGGUGUAAAACCUGAAGGUGUGUCAGCACCUAUUGGGUCACCUGGCAAUUGUGAAGGGGAAAUCCACUGGGGUGUGACUUGUGAUGGCUGCCAAGGGGCUGUCAAAGGAUUUCGCUAUAAAUGUUUCCAAUGCCCUGAUUUUGAUCUGUGCGGGAAAUGCGAGACAGCAGGACAACAUCCAGGACAUACGCUUAUUCGCGUGUCGGGAGCUAUGCCCGUGUCAUUCCAGGCAAUGAGGAACUUAUUGAAUGGAGGGACUGAGGUUCCACAUUGGCGUCGGAAGCAUCAUGGACGUUUUCACCAUCAACAAGGCCAUCACGGCUGGAACGCCUGUUCCCCAUCUGGGGCCUAUGCUGAAGUCAAUCCCCCAACCGCAGGUUGCAAUAAAGGUGCGAACAAACCCGAUGCGAAGCCGCACUGUCUAUACAAAUUUUACAUGGACCAGGCGAAAGAGACUGCCUCAACUUUUCAGGCUAACCACCCCGAAUACCUUGCGGGUUUGGGCAGCACGAUUGCGUCCGUCAUAGAAGGACUCGGACUAGGGCUUGGCGCUGUUAGUGGUGGAUCAUGCCCUCGUACAACUUCGCAGAAGCCAGAAACAAAGAAAGAAAAUAUUGGCAAAGAGGAGGCCAAACCCGAAGCGAAGAAUAACAAAACAGAAGCAAAGAAAGAAGUUAUUAUUCCCGUCACUGUAGAGAGGGAUGAGUUGCCUGCCAGUGCGUCCAUUGUGAACCCUUAUGCUCAGUUAGUUGACGCUCUUGCGGUCGCGAGAGCUGUUGAAAUGAGCAACCUGGCAGCCGGCGCUGCUGCCGCCGCCCAAGAAAAGGCAAACGCUGAAACUUCUGCUCCUAAAGUAAAUUUUCAGUUUGGCAUGACUUCACAGACGGGAAUGACAGCUCAGGCACCGCCUCAAGCUGUCGCUGAGGCUGUAGCAGAAGCAGUCGCACAGGCCCCUACCCAGGCUGUCGCUGAAGCUGUUGCUGAAGCUGCUGCAGAAGCAGUCGCACAGGCCCCUCCUCAAGCUGUCGCCGAGGCUGUUGCUGAGGCUGCUGCUUCGGCCCCUCCUCAGGCUGUCGCGGAUGCUGUUGCUAAAGCCGUUGCUGAGGCCGCUAGUGCUCUUCAGACUGCCAGUGCUCAAGCUAUGGCUGAGGCUACCACUGUUGCCGAAAGAGAUCCUUUUAUUCCAAAGCAAAACGAAGAAAUGGCAGCGAGUGUGAAGCCUCGCUCUCCGCGUGGUGAUUCCGGGGACUGGACCAUCGUAGAUCAUGGAACCGAAAACCCUAGCAGCGUUACAGCAACAUCUGUAGAGCCUGCCCCCCAAAGCGAGGGUGCUCGUCCAAAAAAUCUACCACAGAAGCCAGUUGAGGAGAAUGUUUCUAGUCAUCCAGAUCCUUUCAUAUGCGCUGCUCUGGAGACCAUGCUGGCAAUGGGAUUUACCAACGAAGGAGGUUGGCUUGCCCAGCUGUUGGAAGUCAAAGGGGGAGACAUAGGGAAAACCCUAGACGUCCUACAGUCACAAUUUCAGCGCAGGCAGCAGUUUUAAGAAAAUUCGUGAAUUCACAAUCCGUAGCUUCUAGGAAGUUUUGAAGCUUGACGGAUGCAUUCAUCGUUUUGCUUUUCGCUACUACAGUUUAUACGACAUUAUAAUCACAUAUCGUUAAUCGUGGAAUUCAGACUCUUUCGCAUUAUUUUUACCUUUGUAUCCUAUUUAGUUUAGUUCUUCUUCAUUGGUGAUUGUAACUCGGAGUACUUAGCAAAUGGUAUCUAGAAAUACACGUAUUUCGACCGCGAA